GGACAAGUAAUAAAUACUUAGCGAUCAGGUCUUUUAAUAUGGCCUGAAGUAAAUGAAGUCGCAGUCAGUUAUUCUUCGCCGUCAGUUGCACUUUACUCCAAGCUACCAUAGGAAACUCGUUGUAGAAAAUACGGAAGGACCUGAAGUCGAGCGAUGGUUGGAGAGAUUUCUAACAAGAGAAGCAAGGAGGCGGUGGAAGAGGACGUGCAACGGCUGAGGGACUGGCUCGACAAGCAGCCCCACCUCCCUCACGAUGUUGAACAUGAACUCCUAUUGGCAUUCGUCUGCGGUACGAAGACACUGGAAGGAGCAAAAAGUAAGUUGGAUGCCUAUUAUUCAAAUCGUAACAGAGCGGCGAAACUCUACGAUGAGAUAACUAGAGACGUGAACGCCCAAUUCAGAGAGAAGUCUAAGGCUGUGAACAUGUUCUUCUUGUCGAACCCUACCCCUGAAGGAUACCGAGUGUUCUUCAUGUCAGCAAACGAUUGCUUCAGCAAAGUAUUUGACCACCCGCACGAUGCCACGCGGAUGCUGAUGAUGCUGGAACUCUGUAUAAAGAAAUGGCCUGAGUCUGCGGGGCUGUACUUGGUCAUGGACUGUACUGGGGUGCCUUCCACGUUGAUCACCAUGUUCAACCCUACCAUCCUAGCGGCCAUUUUGAGUUCUUUUCAGGAUGGGUAUCCAGUCAAGCUUAAGGGAAGCUUAUGUUUCAACGCUCCUCCAUUCAUUGAAUUCGUAGCCAACAACUUGUUUAAGCCUUUGAUGAAAGCCAAGUUGUUUAACAGGAUAAAAGUUGUCAACGAAGGAGUGUCAUUCCUAAAAGAGUACAUGCCGCUAGAAAUGUUGCCAUCUGAAUUAGGAGGGAAUGACAAAUCUUCCGUCGAACUAAAGGAUUACUGGUUGGAUCAACUGGAAGAAAAUAGAGAAUGGUUCCUGCAAUCCACAAGGCAAGCCUCAGACGAGAAGAAGCGUCCUCCAGACUCCCAGAACACUUACGGAAUUGAAGGUACCUUCAGGAAACUGGCCGUCGACUGAGCCGAAGAGUGAUGACGGACAUUUCUCAAUGAACGAAAUAUGUUGCUUGCUUUUAUUUUUAGUAUGACCAACGUUGUGCUAACUGGUCUUCAAGCUAAAUGACUAAUAAGUUAACUAAAAACUAGUGUUCUACCUUAUACUUUUACUGUAAUAAUCAUAAGUAACUACAUUUUAGACAAUUAUAAGUAUUAAAAUAAGAGUGACGUCUUUGAAAGCAUCAAUUAUUUUUG